GCAUUACCCCCUCUCGACAUCAAACAUGAACACUAACACGAACAACACCACGACUGGCUCGACCUACCCUGCCCAAUCCACCCAGGGCAACGGGGACAUGCUCGACAAGGGCGUUGACUACGCCGAGAAGAGAGCUGGGCAUGAGCAGAGCCAUUCUACGACUGAGAAGAUCAGUGACGGCUUGCGGAAGGGCUUCCAGAAGGCAACAGGCAAGGAUGUCCCUGUUCAAGAUAAACAAUACCAGUAGGCACCCGGUUGAUUGUAACAAUCUCAUAAGAUGUACCAUGGACUUGUAUAAUCCUUGUAAUAUCACCGCUCCGCAGUCAAUAAAUCGUCUUUCGCGCC